AUGCCGUUUGGAUCCUUUCCCCCUUUUGUGCGCCGCCGCGUUGUCGUCACCGGCCUGGGUGCGGUGACGCCACUCGGCCACGACGUCGCGUCAACGUGGGCGGCGCUCUGUCAAGGGCUCUCCGCGACGCGCCCACUCGCGGAGGCCCCUUUUUUCUUUCCCGCAUGCCUGGGCACAGACCGACGCCUCACGCCUGCGGCGCGGCAGAAGUGUCACGAGCAGCUGAUUGCCAGCAUGCCGUGCAAAGUUGCCGCGCCCGUGUCUGCGGCUCCAGGUGGGCCUACCUUCGCCCCCACUACACGUGAGACGCGCGCGACGGUGUUUGCCCACCGGGCCGUGGAGGAAGCAUUGACACAUGCAAAGAUCUUUGAGGCCUCAGGGAAGCAACUGCGCGUGUCCUGUGCGAAGGAGCGUAUUGGCGUGAAUAUUGGGGUUGGGAUGCCCUCCCUCGCAGAUGUGGGUGAUGUUUCCUACAGCUUGUAUGCCGAUCCGGAGCGCGUCAACUACAGUCGUGUGAAUCCGUUGUUUGUUCCAAAGAUCCUGGGAAACAUGGUUGCCGGCCUUACGGCUAUGAAAUACGGCAUUACGGGACCCUUAGGAAGCGGCGUCGCCGCCUGUGCCACAGGGGCGCACUGCAUUGGAGAAGCCGCUGAAUGGGUUCGUGGAGGGAGGGCAGACGUGGUUGUGUGUGGGGGAACGGAGGCGUGUAUUACGCCGGUUUCCAUCGCUGGAUUUAGCCGCAUGCGGGCGCUCUGUACGAAGUACAACGACAAGCCACAGGAGGCGUCGCGGCCGUUUGACAAGGAUCGUGCGGGGUUUGUGAUGGGGGAAGGAAGUGGUGUCGUCGUUCUGGAGGAGCUGGAGCACGCACGACAGCGCGGGGCCCCCAUCUUCGCAGAGCUGCGCGGCUUCGGCAUAUCGAGUGAUGCGCACGACUUGGCCGCCCCGCACCCGGAGGGCCGCGGGGCGCAGCACUGCCUCCGCGUUGCGUUGCAGGACGGGGGGGACGUUCCGGCGAGCGAGGUGGCGUACGUGAACGCACACGCCACGGGCACGAUUGGCGACGAUUUGGAGCUGCAGGCCCUCGACCGGGUGCUGGGCGGCGACGCGGGUUCCGGCCGCCGCCGCCCGCUCUACGUUAGCAGCGUGAAGGGGGGCCUUGGACACCUCCUGGGGGCCGCGGGCAGCGUGGAGGCCAUCGUCGCCAUCGUGGCCCUCCACCGCCAGCAGGCGCCACCGAACAUCAACCUCGUCACACCCUCUGCGGCGGCGUCGGAGCGGCUGCAGCUUGUGCGCGGCCGUGCGGCUCUGCCGUUCGAGGGCGAUGCCGUCGUCUCCACAAGCUUUGGCUUCGGCGGCGUCAACACGGCGCUGCUCUUCACGCGGGUGUAG